ACUUCACUGUGGCCAUCGACGGUGCUCCACAAAGAGCGGCGGCGACCCUCCGGAGAAGCAGCUAGCCACCCCCCCAUCCCGGCGAAAGGAAAUGAAGAGGAGGCUACAUAAGAAAUACUUGAUUUUGAUACUGGCCUAUUCGGGUUUACUUCUGCUAAUCCCGUACGUGUUAGAUUACCGGGAUAAAUCCGUUCAACGCGUUAAGCCUGGACUUCUGCAGCAACAGCCCAGAUGCCCAGAUUUGGAGAACGCAGUGGCGCUGCUGUGGGAUAGCGGUAAUAAAGUCAACGGCAGCGAGGCGAUGGAGUACGCCGCCAAUCGCAGCCAGUCCCGGAUACACAUCUACCUGCAUGCCACCUGGAGGACCGGCUCGUCGUUUUUGGGGGAGCUGUUCAACCAGCACCCCGAUGUUUUUUACCUGUACGAGCCGAUGUGGCACAUCUGGCAGGCUCUGUACCCGGGGGAUGCGGGCAGUCUCCAAGGCGCAGUGCGGGACAUGAUGAACGCCCUGUACCGCUGCGACUUCUCCGUCCUCAAACUUUACGCCAGCACGCAGAACAUCACCACCUCGUUCAUAUUCGGCUGGAAAAUGAACAAGGUGAUAUGCUCGGAGCCGCUGUGUGAGGUGCACAAGCGGCACGAGGUUGGGCUGGUGAAAGAGGACCAGUGCGCAAAGUGCCAGAAGAGGGACAUUAGGGACCUGGAGAGGGAGUGCAAGAAGUACCCCGUGAUGGUGAUCAAAGGGGUGCGCGUUUUGGAUCUGAGCAUGCUGGUUCCUAUGAUGAAAGACCCGGCGAUCAACCUCCAGAUCAUUCAGCUCUUCCGAGACCCGAGGGCCGUGCACAACUCGCGCCUCAAGUCCAAGCAGGCCCUGGUGAAGGAGAGCAUCCAGGUGCUUAGGAGCAAGAACCGCAGGGACAAGUACAAGUGGAUGCUGGGGCCGAGCAACAGGGUGAACCGGGUUGAGAGCUACGUCUCCAGCGCCAUGGAGCUCAUCUGCGACAACUGGCUCAGUGACAUGAUGCUGGUGACGAACGCGCCCCCCUGGCUGAGGAGGAACUACCUCCGCAUCCGCUACGAGGACCUGGUCAUGCACCCCACGAAGGAGCUCCAGAGACUCUACCGCUUCUCCAACCUCUCCACCUCCCCUGCUUUGGAGGAGUUCGCGCUGAACAUGACGCACGGUCAGGGGUAUUCCUCGGACAGGCCCUUCCUGAUAUCCUCCAGGGACGCAAAAGAGGCGAUAUAUGCGUGGAGGGAGCGGCUCAAUGUGGAGCAGAUAAACCAGGUGGAGGCCUACUGCAGUGAAGUCAUGAGGCAGCUGGGGUAUCAGAGAAACAGCCUAGAGAAAGCAACAUAAGGAUGUGGCAUGAAGAAUCCAUGGGGUAAAGGGGCAUGAUAUUCAGGGCUGAGGGCAAAAGGUGGAACAGCAAAACAUGAAGCUGGAAUGGGGUCCGCUGGGAGCUCGCAAGCCCGACUCUUGGGUUGUUUUCCUUCAUCCGAGCCGGGUCAGUGACCUGGACAAAAUCCAAGUGGAAAGAGAAGCCAAUCACAGACAGAUUAAUUUUCAAAUGGGCAGAAGGCAGCGCAUUUUGACAGUGUUACCUUGAUGACACCAGCAAGGUCUGAGGCAGAUAGAAAGAACGAGGGGAGGGGAAAUAAACAAGAAGAGAGAGAUGGGCCUGGUUUGUACCGUGGUUACACUGGCCAGCCUCUAUCCUUCUGUCCUUUUAGUAGCACUAAUCCCUCCUCAGAUCCCUUGCAGGCGAAGGCCAUAAAAAGCCCAAGAUGGGUCCCUCUGUGGAGAAAACUGCCAGGAUCCAGGUUGGCAGCGUGGGGCUCCCUCUCAACUGCAUGACUUAUCCAUCCAGCCUAUGACUAAGCAUGGCAGUAACCUCGAGCAUUACUGAUACUUCAUUGCAGUUGGCACCACUAACAGUGCUAAUGUAGAGCUGUGAAAGAAGAAACAAAUGUAUUUUCUGGAAAAGAGGCCUGAGUGAGGAACUAUUGUUCCACCCCUGGCCCCUCAGGAAUCCGGACAGCUGAAGCGCCCUACUGACAAAACACUCACAUGGGUGUGAAAUUUUCAAAUAUCCCAUGGACGUGUCUUGGAGAUCUGCCUCUGUGCUCUGCCAAUGAACUUUUAGCAAGUUGUCACAAACACAACAGAUGGUACCGAUUCAUAUUGUGUGCCAUUCUUGCCGUUAUUAGUUUCUUUCUAAAAUAUUGCAAAAUGCUAUGACAUGCCUCUGGUUAAAGAGGUGUUGAGGAGGGGUAAAAUACUUACCAGCAUCCAUGUGUUCAACUUUAGAAGUUGGGACUGUAAUAACUGUUCUAGGUGGAAUACCUGAAGUUCUCUUGUCAAUGAAAGAAAUAGCUUUUAGACCAUUUAAAGUGACUGCAAUAAAGAGGUAUUAAAAACUAGAAAAGCAUCUCCUGAAGAAAAUGCUUGUGAUCGCUGUACGCAUUGAUGCAGAUGGGCAUGAUUUUUGGGGGACUUUAUUAUCACAUGAAAAUUCAUUAACCUUAACGUAUUGGCUGAGUUAUAGAUCCAAUGGGAGUGAAUGGGGGCUGUAAAAGACAUCUGCAUUAGACUUUAGUGCGUUACGAUAUAUACCUUAUACACUGUACCAUCAUAAUGAGCUUACAGCUGAUCAGUGUGCAUAGUGAGCAUUUUGUAAUGUGAAUGGGGCUGAAUUAGACAGAAUGGGCCUACAUAGAUCAAAAUAUAUUAUGCAAACCAUAUUUACUCUUAAAUUGUACGUCUGAUCAUAAUUAGUUUAUCUGAUUAGGCCUCCAUAGACUGAAAUGCAAUAGAUAACUCAAACUAUACAUGUCCUAAAAAUGAAAUAAUGUAAAAUUUAUCAGUGGGAAAUAAUGAGCAUUUUGAAAUAUCAAUGGACUUUGUACUCUGUACCCUGCCUGAAAUAUAAAUACAAUGGAUGUCUGUGUGGA